AUGUGGAUUAUCAAUUGGUUCUACGAUGUCCUCGCCUCCUUGGGUCUGCUCAACAAGCAUGCCAAACUCCUCUUCCUUGGCCUGGACAAUGCAGGAAAGACGACGUUAUUGCACAUGUUGAAGAAUGACCGGGUUGCAAUCCUCCAACCUACAUUACAUCCGACAUCUGAAGAGCUAGCAAUCGGCAACAACAGAUUUACAACCUUCGAUCUCGGAGGUCAUCAACAAGCUCGUCGUCUUUGGCGCGAUUACUUCCCCGAAGUCUCUGGAAUUGUCUUCCUCGUUGACGCCAAAGACCACGAACGGCUCCCAGAGGCAAAGGCCGAACUGGAUGCCUUGCUUGCUAUGGAAGACCUUGCCAAGACCCCUUUCCUCAUCCUCGGUAACAAAAUCGAUCACCCAGAUGCAGUGUCGGAAGAUGAGUUGAGACAUCAACUGGGAAUGUACCAGACGACCGGUAAAGGCAAAGUGCCUUUGGAGGGUAUCCGGCCAAUUGAGGUAUUCAUGUGCAGCGUGGUUAUGAGACAAGGUUAUGGUGAGGGUAUCAGGUGGUUAUCGCAAUAUGUCUAA